CCAAGCUGACAAGCUUAAAGGAUGAAUUACUUGUCACUAUCAUGCUUUGUAUGGUCAUCAUAAUCGAUACGGCUCGGAGGGAGCCAUCUGAAUUACUGACUCAACUGAUUGACAACCUGGUGGACACCCUAUAUUCCGAAUACAUUCGACGACCGGAGAAGGAUUCUCUGCAGAUUGACGAAUUGACAUUCUAUCAAAAGGCUUCUUCGCAGGAGCAAAAGUUCUUAAUAGGACCUCGCCGUGAAAUGCCCAGAUCAGAGCACAAUUGGACAAUAGUAUGGGCCAUAGCAAAAUUGAUGGAAAUGUCGGAAGAGGUUAUUUCUCGUCUAGCCUUGCUUCGUACUGCAAACGAGACAUCGAGCAAAAAGCAGCGUCUCACAUCAAUGAUCCAAGACGUUUUCCGAGAUUCCACAACAUCCUCAGGUGCGACAAGAGUGUGCGCGCUACAGCUGAUUCCCUUCCUUGUUCAAGGAAAAGUGGGCGCCGAUUCAAAAGAAUUACUGCUCCGGCGUUUAAUUCCAUGCAUACUUGACGAUAGCAGCACAAUAUCCUCUUGGACAAUGGUGGCGAUUGCAAGUAUUGCUGGUAGUCCAGAUGUGGACUCCAGCUCUUUACAUGACGCCUGGCAACGAGUUUGGGAUCUCACAUCCCGUGCUUCUACCUCCCAUACAACAUCGAGGGCAGCUUGUACGCUUAUGACUUCCAUUCUUCAGUUCGAACUUCUGGAGUACUCAGCAAGCGCGGAAGCUAUUAAUUCGAUGCUCUCAUCUGUGAACUUGAACGGGCCAUCUUUGAUGUCGGAUUCAUCGCUGGCUUUUUGGGCGACGGUAACGAGGGCAAUUGCUCAAGUAAACCCGGGAUCCGUUCCACAUGCGUCUAAAUUGAUCUGCACGUGGCUACGAGAGGCUUGGACAAUUGGUACAAUAACUGAUCGAAUACUCACAGCGCAAGUUGCUACAUUUGCACGUCCUCUGGACAUUUUCAAUUUGUUCCUAGCUUGCACGAACAGGCCACAUGCCCUACCUAUGAUACAAUACAGAGGACCAGUGGGCUUAGUUGCCCGAGGCUGGCAAUUCUUCCACAAGACCAAGCGGCUGUUGGGUUACGUUUUUGACCUGGAGGAGUCCCUCGACAUUGUCUACAUAUGGUGCCCACAAGAGGAGUUGAGUCUGGAAAUAUUCACCCAGCAAGACCCAAAUGAUACCAUGAUCUUGGAGCUUUUGCACGUGAAAUCAGAGGUUUUCCUACAAAGUUGGCGAUCGCUGUCUGAGGAUAGAUCUACUCAUAUCACUGUGGAUGUUGUGCAAAUACUGGCAUCCUUCUGCAUAAUAUCUACAUUGUAUACGGAGUCCAUGCCACAACAAGCCGAGCCGCGCUUACAGAACCUACAGAAGAACACUGAGAGUUUAUGGGGAAACAUAUGUUUAUGUUUGGGUGAUCGUGACCUGGAAUUCGUGCAGGCUUGCCUCAUGCUCCUAUCUCCUUUUCUCGGCCACAAACUCUGCUUCCCAGAGCCCAAGUCUGCAAUCUUCAAGUUCCUUCACAAGAUUAUCAAUCCCUUGUCUGAAAUCCUUGAAGGUCACCGUCAGACUCAAAGAGGGCAGCUUUCUGCUCAUGGCGAAGACCAUAUGGACUUGGACGAUCCAUUGCUGGGCUCUAAUGAUCGGUCUAAAGAGACCAGGGCUAUCAUAAACAUGAACCGAGAGGCGGUACCCUUGUUUCAGGAUUUUGCUACAUUCCAGCGUUGCUUGACGAUAGAGUUGUCUGUUUUCCGGAGGCUACAGGUACCUACAGAUGAGGAUAGGCACCUUGCAAGUGAUGAUUUGAUUGAGUAUCUCGCAGAUUUGGAUGAAGUUGACAUUUUGUCGGCGCGCGACUUCUUACCCCAUGUUUACCGCGCUUGCUCGGGAAUGGAACGCAGCUCAAUGCUAAGGGUAUUAGAGGACACGGGUGAGAAAUGUUUGCAAACAUAUGAGCUCGAGCGCUGCGAAAACUCUCACAUUCUUUGUAUCAAUUUGAUGCACAGCUUUGUCGAAGCGUGGGUAGCAGGCCAAAGUGACCACCUGAGCGACUCAGCUUCAGACAUAUAUACCUGGUUUGCCGAUGUGCUUCUAACGAAAGGGCGAGCUUCACCAUCGGUCUUGAUCGGAUUCGCCGAGCUCUUGGGAGGUGUUCUUAAAUCGAACACUUCCUUCACCAGUGGGAAAUCAAGCCCGUCUGCAAGAACCAGCCUUCUCACUAUUAUACAGGAAGGUGAUAUUGCCGUGAAGUUUGGCGCUGCAGAUCUCAUCUGUCAAUUGUUUGACCAAUAUCCACUAAAGGAUCAUGACGCUAUUUUCGAUGACAUCCUAGAAAGUCUUCCAAGAGACCCAGAUUGGUGCGAGGGAAUCGCCCUUCGAUUAUUCAUGCUAGCUCAAUUAGCUUCCCAGUGGCAUACCUUGCUGCGGAGGAGCAUCUACCACAUGUUUGAGACCCCAGCUCAAGUCCCGGAAUCACUUUGGUACGCCGAAAAAUGUGUGGGUAGUGUUGCACGGAUUCUUGGGCUUAAAGAUACGCGAGAACUCUUUCGGUUGUUUUCUUCCCAGAUACUGUACACCUGGACCGAAACAGAAUCAAUUGCAUUGAUGCCAUUUAGCAUUUUCGGCUAUCCGAACCUCGAAAGCAUGCUGAGCGAUGUUCAGGAUGAGAUUGUUGGCCAAAUAAUGAUGCGCGCAAGGGAAAAUGACAGCGCCGAGCUUUCAAAGCUCAUGAAAAAGGCAUGGACCCAACUUCUAGCAGAGUCCUUCCACAAAGCAGAGGCCUACUCGAUUGCACGAGAUAUCGGUACUCCCCCUGGGCAAGGAAGCCAGCCAAAAGGCGUGGAAAACAGGGUCAAGAAAAUGCUAGGGACUGAAAGGUUCCUGGAAUCAAUUGAUCAGCACUUUGCACAGACAAUCGCAACUUUCUUUGUCUCGAUGGACCAGUACGAGCAGGUUGAAAGGGCUUUCUCGAAACGCGACAACUACCAAAGCGCUCUCCAAACUAUGAAAAACAUAACGGACAAAAGUUCUUCGAAGGUUGUUCUUCCUGCCAACCAACAGCCCUCUUUUAGGGCACGCUACCUCCUUGACGAGCUCGAAUUCUUUUGCAAGCGGAGCGGAUACGAGCUUGACACAAUAUGGACGCCUACACUGGCUUCCUACAUCUGCCGCGCCUUGUUGGAAUUAAUACAUCCGGCUCUUGGGUCUCUUCAUGCCUGUUCGGUUAUACGAAAAGUUCGAAUCUUAGUAUGUGUGGCCGGGCCUGUCAUGCUGAGAGACUAUCCUUUUGAGAUGCUACUCCAUUCUCUCCGACCAUUUCUCACGGACAUUUAUUGCUCCGAGGAUGCGCUGGGGAUUUUUUGGUAUUUAUUGGAGGCAGGCCGGGAUUAUUUGAUCGAGAACCCAAGUCUCAUGGCUGGAAUUACUGUUUCCACUUUCUUAUCUUUAGAAAAAUUUGUGGCUUUUCCUCCGGCAAACACGGUUCACGAGAGUUUGUCAAGAGUUGUACUAUCCACCAUCCAAGCAUUUUUGCAGUGGUUCGAGGCGUAUUUGGAUACCUACGACUCUUCGGUGCUGAACAGUGCGACGCGUGAACUAUUUCGCCGUAUGGUCAAGUCUUCCCAGGGCGGUCUCACGACAGAUGGGAGGCCAAGUGGCACAGCGAAGCGUGAUUUGCUUUUCGACGUUCUCGAUGACCGAAGCUCGGGCAAAAGUUUACUGAGCAAACCUACAUCAGAUCAUGUCAUAUCGCUAUUGUGCAUCGAUUCUAAUAAACAUCCCGAUUUCCGUCAGUCCACAACCGGAGAGGGAAAUUGCCAAGCGCCUAACACUGUGGCCAUUUAUGAAACUCUGCAAUCUUUUGAAACCAGUUCUCAAUACAAACUAUGGGCUGCAAGAAUCAUCGGGCGAGAGUUUGCUGCUACUGGAAGUAUUAGCAAUGAUUUGUUGAGAGAGCAGGAUUUGGCCUUGUUCAAAACCAACAUUUCCCAUCUGCCUUUGGAUCCGUUUUUCUAUUCAAAAGCCAGUAUACUGCAAACAUUGUGCAACAGACUACAGAGCAGCAAGCCCAUGGAUGUUGGUCUCUUCGAGCGGAUUUUACAACUGAUUGUCAGUAACUUGGCACAGUCAAGCGUUUAUGAAGAGUCUGGGAUUGUCAUACCACCGUCAUUGAUGAAGGCUCUUACCUGGACUCCUUACAAAUGCCCUGCUAUACGUGAAUCCGAAGUGCCUGAUGCUGUGAUCAGCUGGGAUCCGGACCUUUCAAUUUCACAUUGGGCUCGCAAUGUGGGACUGUUUCUGUCAAAGGCGUCCUUUGAGGACCCCGUUAUUGGGCCGCUCAAAAAUGUUCUCUCUGCUAUACCUGACCUAGCAGUCUAUAUCCUACCCUACAUUCUUCAUGAUGUCUUAUCCACAGAAGUUGAUGGCGAUGGAACAGUUCGUCAAAGGAUUUCAGAGGUUUUCAGUCAGGCCUUGCGGGAAGUUAAUGACAAGACCAUCCCCCAUGCACGGCUCGUAAUCAAUUGCAUGCUUUAUCUUCGAAACCAACCGAGGCCCAACGAGACGACCAUUGUGGAGCGUGAUGAAUGGCUUGCUAUAGAUUUCGCCGAAGCGUCAUCAGCUGCCACUGCUUGUCGCUUACCAAAAACUGCGCUGUUGUUUCUCGAGAUACAUGCUUCCCGUGCGGUGUCUUCAUCGCGUCGCUCAUCAGUCGCUAAAUUCAGUGCCCCGCCAACAGAGCUCCAUGAAAUUUUCAAGAAUAUAGAUGACCCGGACUUUUUCUACGGCAUCCCACAAAGUUCCUCCCUUGAGUCAGUCAUGGAGACUCUCGAACAUGAAAGCUCUGGAUUCAAAAAUCUUCUCUUUCAGAGCGCACAGUAUGAUAGUGAAAAGCAGAUGUCGGGAAAUCCGAACAACCUUGGUGUGUUGAAGGCGCUGAAUUCGACAAACCUACAAGGAAUUGCAAAUUGCGUGUUCACCUCUACUGGAGGAGGCACCAAGGACAUGACAGUCUCAUUCGAAAGCAUGCUCCAAGCUGCAACCAACCUGAGACAAUGGGACAUCCCAAUUUCUCCGUUGAACCCUUCGCCUUCUGCAACCAUAUUCAGGACCUUCCAAACUCUUAACACGUCAGCUGCCUUACCUGACGUCUCUGUGACCAUCGAGGAAAGCUUCCUGGCAACACUUGGCUCAUUAACCAGUGAUAGUCGAUCAGCAAUGUCCCUACGAACUGCGACAAGGGUCCUUGGGACAUUGGCUGAAAUCAGCGAUGUCUUGGGUGCCAAAUCUGCUGAGGAGAUAGACCAUGAAUGGGAAAAGAUUAAAACCAGAAGCUCCUGGUUAAAGAACACGAAUGUGCACGAGGUGGGAGAAAUAUUGAACUGCCAUGAGGCUCUUUUCUCGUCAAUCAAGCGGAAAGAUUACCUGAAGUCUGCGAUCAAUUUAAAUGAUCGACAAGCGCAACUUCUAGAAGUGAAUGUCAUUCGCCAGUCACUCAAUACUACAAGGAAUCAUGGCAUUGCGCAAGCCUCAUUAAAAUCCGCCGUUUGUCUUUCUAAGCUUGCUGAUCACUGCACUUCUUUAGGCAUUAAUGUCGAAGGCGCGGCGAAAUUUGAUUUGGCCAACGUCUUAUGGGACCAGGGUGAAAUGACUGCAUCAAUUCGAAUGCUUCAACAGCUCAAUGAGCAGAACGACCUACAUAAACAGGCGGUACCCCUAAGUCGUGCCGACCUUUUAGUGACUUUGGGCCACCAUGUUGCCGAGGCACGUCUGGAAAAACCGGAAGCAAUUAUCCAGGAGUAUCUAGCCCCUGCAGUUAAAGAGCUGAAAAACCGAACAGGCGGCGAAGAGGCUGGUCGAGUCUACCAUGGGUUUGCGAUGUUCUGUGACCAGCAACUACAGAAUCCCGAUAGUUUGGAGGAUUUCAGACGAAUCGAGCAAAUUCGCAACCGCAAGCAAAAAGAGGUACAAGAUCUGGAAGAAAUGAUGAAGAAUGCAGACGCGAAAGACAGAGACGGUCUUCGGUACCACCGAAUUAAGACAAAGCAAUGGUUUGACCUUGACGAUCGAGAGUACCAACGUUUACGACGAAGCCGCGAGGCAUUCCUUCAACAGUCUCUUGAGAACUACCUCCUUUGUCUAAAGGAAAGUGAAAGGUACAACAACGAUGCUCUCAGAUUCUGUGCUCUGUGGCUUGAUACAUCCGAAAGCGAUAUUGCAAAUGCCGCGGUCUCGAAAUAUCUCCAUCAAGUCCCUAGCAGGAAGCUCGCCCCCUUAAUGAACCAGCUGAGCUCUCGAUUGCUGGAUGUCUCCGAUGACUUCCAAAAGAUGCUAUUCUCGCUCAUCUUUCGCAUCUGCGUGGAGCAUCCAUUCCACGGCAUGUAUCAAAUAUUCUCGAGCAGCAAAUCUAAGGGUGGCAAAGACGAGACCGCGCUUUCACGCAAUCGAGCAGCAAGCAGGUUGGUAGAAUGCUUGAAGAAAGACAAGCGCAUCGGGCCUACCUGGAUCGCUGUCCACAACACAAACAUUAACUAUGUACGAUUCGCCAUCGACCGGAUGGAUGACAAGCUUAAAAGCGGUGCCAAAGUCCCUCUGAAAAAAUUGUUGUCUGGCCAACGUCUCGAGCAAGAUGCUGUUACUCAAAGACUACCGCCACCCACGAUGAGUAUUGAAAUUCGUAUUGACUGUGAUUAUCGCGAUGUUCCUAAGCUUGUUCGGUUCAAUUCCGAGUUCACAGUCGCAUCUGGUGUUAGUGCGCCGAAGAUUCUCACUGCUUUUGCCACCAAUGGUCAACGUUAUAAACAGCUGGUAAGAAUUAUAUCUCUCUGCCCCUUCGUCUCAAUUGCAAGAAUUUCGAACCAUUCUGACUGUAUGCAACAGUUCAAAGGAGGAAACGAUGAUCUACGGCAAGACGCUAUCAUGGAGCAAGUAUUUGACCAAGUUAGUAGCCUUCUCAAGGACCACCAAGCGACUCGACAGCGGAACUUGGGGAUUCGCACAUACAAAGUCCUCCCUUUGACGUCCAACUCCGGGAUUAUUGAAUUUGUCCCACACACUGUGCCACUGCAUGACUUCUUGAUGCCAGCACAUCAGAAAUACUUCCCGAAGGAUAUGAAACCUAACGUGUGCCGGAAGCACAUUGGUGAUGUCCAGACCCGAUCAUUUGAAACCCGGGUCAAGACCUUCCGCCAGGUGACUGACCACUUCCAUCCAGUCAUGAGAUUUUUCUUCAUGGAAAAAUUCAAUAACCCAGAUGAUUGGUUCACCAAGAGACUCGCGUACACGCGAAGCACUGCUGCGAUCUCAAUAUUGGGCCAUGUUCUGGGUCUAGGAGAUCGACACGGUCACAACAUUCUUCUCGACGAACGAACGGGUGAAGUAGUGCAUAUUGACCUGGGAGUAGCUUUUGAGCAAGGUCGAGUGCUGCCAGUCCCCGAAGUGGUUCCAUUCCGAUUGACUCGUGAUCUGGUUGACGGGAUGGGCAUUACCAUGACGGAGGGAGUGUUCCGACGCUGUUGCGAGUUCACACUCGAGGCCCUUCGUCAGGAAUCGUAUAGUAUAAUGACAAUCUUGGACGUGCUCCGCUACGAUCCCCUGUACAGCUGGACUGUUUCUCCAUUGCGGAUGAAGAAGAUCCAGGACGCCCCUGAAUCGAAUGGGGCGCCUGAACCUCCGCGUGCGGCGGACCAACGCCCGUCUAACGAACCAAGCGAAGCUGACCGUGCGUUGACUGUAGUGGCCAAGAAACUGGGCAAAACACUGAGCGUGACGGCAACAGUCAACGAGCUCAUCCAGCAAGCAACGGAUGAAAAGAACCUAGCGGUUCUCUAUUGCGGCUGGGCCGCAUAUGCAUGAGUAGGUGAAACAAUGACUGUAAAUAGCAUAGUGAAUAAAGAUCUCCUGUCAGUUUGGUAGUGUUGAUGCUGUAUAGUAGAUUUGUUGGCCUGGGGUGUCCACGGGGGGAGAUAUUGCCUGCCUAUUCGGGAAAUUCUUUUUUCUCGUUCGCCCGCCGUUUUCGCU